AUGUCCAAUUUUGUAAAAUUUAUUGAAGAAAAUAUACUUUAUGAAAUUUUAGCUGUAUCAUGGCUUUUAUUUCUUUGGAAAUAUUAUUUAAAUCUUCGUCAGAGGGAUUUUGUGACUCGUUUGACUGAUUUACCUAAAUCCGUUGAAGGUUUAAUGACAAAAGAUAUUUACGAAAAAGCACGCAUUUAUUUUCUAGAUAAGUUAGCAUUUAAUGAUUUUGAGAGUAUAUUUUCUGAACUUUGUACUAUGGUCUAUUUGUUAACUUUAUGCUAUCACAGAUUUUGGAUGUGGAGUGUUGAUACAGUCAAAUAUUGUGGUUUGGAUGAUACAAAUGAAAUUCUCAUAAGUGCUAUUUGUAUGUUCAUCAUAAACACUACUUAUGAUAUAAUAUUUUUGCCAUUUAAGAUUUAUUUUACAUUUAUCCUGGAACAAAAACAUGGAUUUAAUAAAGAGGCGAGGAAAUCAACAUUUUUUACACCAUUAUUUUUUAUCAAAGAUCAGCUUCUUAAAUUUGUUGUACAUGAAGUCAUUACAAUACCUCUUCUGUGUGCUGUAAUAUGGAUCAUAAAAAAUGGAGAAGACUACUGCUUUCUUUAUCUUUGGAUAUUUUUAAUAGUUGCUGCCCUUUUUCUUAUGAUUAUUUACCCAGAACUAAUUGCACCACUUUUUGAUAAAUACACACCUCUUCCAAAUGGAGAUUUGAAAACAAAGAUUGAAGCGCUAGCAGCCUCAAUUAAUUAUCCACUUUAUAAAAUAUUUAUUGUAGAAAACUCAAAAAGAUCUUCACAUAGCAAUGCAUAUCUCUAUGGUUUUUACAAACAUAAAAGAAUUGUUCUCUAUGAUACUUUAGUCGAGGAAUAUUAUAAACCAGCAGAAGGUGAAAUAGAUACGAAAGGUUGUACUACAGAUGAAGUAUUAGCAGUAUUGGCACAUGAAUUAGGACAUUGGAACCAUAGUCACACAUUAAAAGGAUUUAUACUUGGCCAGUUGCAUUUAUUGCUGAAUAUUUUUCUAUAUACAAAACUUGAAAAUUAUAAACCUAUAUUUGAAGCAUUUGGAUUUGUGGAUGUCCAACCUACAUUUAUAGGAUUUAUUAUUAUUACUAUGUAUAUUUCAAAUCCUCCAAAUGUAUUAUUCCAGUAUGUAACAAAUAUACUUGCACGAAGAUUUGAAUUUGAGGCAGAUAAAUUUGCAAAAACUUUGGGACAUGGACAAGCAUUAAAAAGCUCUUUAAUUAAGUUACAUAAGGAUAAUCUUAGUUAUCCCCUUCAUGAUAAAUUGUAUUCUAGUUGGCAUCAUAACCAUCCUCAAGUUCUUGAAAGAAUUGAAGCUAUUGAUAAAGAAGAUUAA